GCUUCUGAGCAUGGAAAUGUAUUUUGCGCUAUAAUAAAUAAUAAUGUGUAAUAAAUAACAAUCACAAAAUUAUUGUGUUAUAUGUUUUUUUUUUGGGUGACUGUGCCGGAAAAAAUUAAGAGUAAAGAGGAAGUACUAAAAGAAUAUAUGUAUGAAAACAAAGCAAUAAAACCAGCUAGUAGAGCAAGUUUUAAAUGAGGAAAUGGCAAAUAAAAAACAAAAACGCAACAUAAACAAAACAACAUUGAAUAUUAUUUACGGUCGUUUUUAAAUAAUCAAUAUUUUCGGCUACAAAGAGAUGAAGAAGUACAUAAAUAAAUAACGAAAAAAAAACAAAAAAAAAAAAAUUGAUCUAAAUUUUUGGAUGACAGCAAAAAACUUACACGGAAAUUUAUAAAGAUUAACAACACACUUGAAUGAGCAAAAAAAAGAAGGAACCUACAACUGAAAAGAUCUUAAAUUACCAACGCUUUUGGCAACAACUUCCCAGUACACGUUCGAGUCGCUUUUAACGUGCACGUUUGUUGGAGGAAGAGCUCCAUAAAACCAUUUAGUAGUCGUUCAGAUAUCGAUAUGCACGGUUGUUGUUUGCGCUUUGCGUUUAUCGCGUGUCUUUUCAGCAUUGCGAUUGCACGUUUGUAUACACGCAGUGAAUUGGCCGCCACACAUUUAGCCGCCUACGUGCAUAAAGCUGAUGGCAGUGCGCGCAACAUUCGUCCCACACCCGAGGCAUACAAUGCGGAACGUAGCACAUUUUUUCGCUAUGAGGAAUCGAAAGGUUUGGGCGCUGAUAUUGAGCUGAACGCGCGCGAAUUGCUUGCCAAUCAGAUCAUAAUGGCGGCGAAGACGUACGAGUAUGAGGAGGGUCUGGUGACGCCGCAUCUCUUUAAACCGUCGAAACAUUUCUUCAGCGUGUUGGAGGAGAUCUCAAAGACGCCGUUGUUCUCGUACUUGCAGCUCAUGCCGAAAGGUGGUGUAUUGCAUGCGCACGAUACCGCCGUGUGUAGUACGGACUUUUUGAUUGAGCUUACGUAUCGUGAGAAUUUGUGGGCUUGUGAGGGUAGUGGGGCCUUGGAGGCGGUUUCCAUGCGUUUCGCGAAAUCUAAACCGUCGUUGGUAGUUAAUGACACGGACUGUACGUGGACCUUGUUGGCUGAGAUGCGUGCCAGAUACAGUGCUGCUGCGGUGGAUGAGUACCUGCGUGAACGUUUCACUUUGUAUCCGAAAGAGAAAUUCUUAGAUAACAAUGAGGCUUGGCAGAGUUUUAUGCAGAUUUUUGGACUGCUCGAUGGCCUGCUUACUUACGCGCCCGUUUGGGCUGAUUACUACUACAAUGCAUUGAAGGAGUUUCGUGCAGAUGGCGUGCAGUACUUAGAGUUCCGCAGCACAUUGCCAAAGCUCUAUGACCUAGAAGAUGGAAACUACACAGAGAUGGAUACCGUACGUAUCUACAAGGACACUCUGGACAAAUUUAUGGCAGAUUAUCCAGACUUCAUUGGUUCAAAAAUGAUCUAUGCGCCUUUACGCAAUGCAAGCCCGGAAACCGUUGAAAAGUACAUAAGUACUUGUAUUGAGAUUAAGGCCAUAUAUCCGGACUUUGUCGCUGGUUUCGAUUUGGUUGGCCAAGAAGAGCUCGGCCGUCCACUCAAAGAUUUCAUACCACAAUUACUCAGCAUGCCGGCCGAUAUUGAUUUCUACUUCCACGCCGGCGAGACCAACUGGUAUGGCGCUGCUGUUGAUGAGAAUCUCAUUGAUGCUGUACUACUCGGCACCAAGCGCAUUGGGCAUGGUUUUGCUCUCACCAAACAUCCACUCGUUUUGCAGGCGUUGAAAGAGCGCAAUAUACCCGUCGAGAUUAAUCCAAUUUCAAAUCAAGUGCUACAACUUGUCGCGGACUAUCGCAAUCAUCCUUGUUCACAUUUAUUCUCUGAUAACUUUACGGUUGUCAUCUCAUCCGAUGAUCCCUCCUUUUGGCGUGCGACGCCACUCUCACACGAUUUCUACAUUGCCUUCCUCGGCAUCGCCUCAGCACAUGCCGAUUUGAGGCUGCUGAAGAAGUUGGCAAUCAAUUCUUUGGUUCAUAGCGCAUUGAAUGAGCAACAACAGCUGGUGGCGCUAGAGAAAUGGCAAUUAAAAUGGGAUGAAUUUGUUGAGAAGAUCAUUGAGAGUGACGCAGAUGGCGCUGCAGGCAGAUUACAGACGAAUCGGAUCGAUUGACUAGCACGGGUGGUGGCGGCGUUAAUAUUGUUGCACGGUGUGCUUAUGCGUUUGAUGGGUAGGCGGUGAGAGAAAGAGAGAGCGGUUGGGUAGUGACAGAGAAGGGAAGGAUGAGGAAAGACAGCGGAAUGGAGAGAGAGAUAGAUAGAUAGAGAGAGAGAGAAAUGGGAAAGAAAAGAAACGCAUAAGUAGUGGUGACAAUAACGUCAGUCGGUGCUAAAAAAACUCUUAGAUUUAAGUUAAAAAAGAAUUCGGCUUUGACAUUUUUAGACUUUACUCGUUGGCGAGUAGAGUUUAAAAAGAAAUUGAACAGUAACAUGGACAGUAAUGACGAAAAUUCGGAUUUUGAAAAUUUUGACAAGACAAGCAGUGAUCAAAAACAUGAUUUUCUUCAGAGAAAGCUUAGAAAUGUAAACUCUGAGGCGGCAUUAAGUAAAAUAUAUUUUUUAUUUAAGUGGAACUCGAGGCCUCGAAAUUAAAUAAUUGAGAGUAGAAUGGCCAAAAACGGAAAUAAUAAUGAAAAAAUGACAAAAAAUAAAACUGUAAGCAAUGAGUAUUAGGGUGACAUUCCUAUAUUCAAGCAAGUCCAUAUAUGUAAAUAUGUAUUUAUCGCACAUAUUAACAUAUAACAUCAAUAAGUAUUUGAAAUACCUCUCAUAACGGGCAAACAAAAUAUUCUCUUGCUUUUCUAAUAGCAAAGUGAUAAAAUAAAAAAAUUUUAUUUAAUUAUUAUUUUAAUUAUAUUUACUAAAAAAAUUAUGCAUAUAAA